GCCCAGAAGAGAGGUGAAGGGUCUGCCCAGACGCAGGUGUAGGAGGUGGCAGCCUACUGAAGCCGAGCGGGGGCCGGCGGCUGCUUGCUACGGCUUGCUUCCAGAUGUGCACAGGGCGGGUGGGUCCUGCCCACUUCCGCUCUCCCUGGCCUGCAGCCACUGGCCCCUCUCUCGCACGGCUGCAUCCUUCUUGUCCCACGCACCUUAGCUCGGAUGUCCCCUCUGUGCCACCCAAGCCAGAGAAGCCACUGCCUGUUGCCUAAGUGUGAUCUUGAAGAUGGGAGGUGCUGUGAGUGCUGGUGAAGACAAUGAUGAGCUAAUAGACAAUUUGAAAGAAGCACAGUACAUCCGGACUGAGCUGGUCGAGCAGGCUUUCCGAGCUAUUGAUCGUGCAGAUUAUUAUCUUGAAGAAUUUAAAGAAAAUGCCUAUAAAGACCUGGCGUGGAAGCAUGGCAACAUCCACCUCUCGGCUCCGUGCAUCUACUCGGAAGUGAUGGAGGCCCUGGACCUGCAGCCGGGGCUCUCCUUCUUGAACUUGGGCAGUGGCACUGGCUACCUCAGCUCCAUGGUGGGGCUCAUUCUCGGUCCUUUUGGUGUGAACCACGGGGUUGAACUCCACUCGGAUGUAAUAGAAUAUGCAAAGCAGAAGCUGGACUUCUUCAUUAGAACCAGUGACAGCUUUGACAAAUUUGACUUCUGUGAACCUUCCUUUGUUACUGGCAAUUGCCUGGAGAUUUCUCCAGAUUGUUCUCAGUACGAUCGUGUGUACUGUGGGGCUGGUGUGCAGAAAGAGCAUGAAGAGUACAUGAAGAGUCUUCUCAAAGUAGGGGGCAUCCUUGUCAUGCCACUGGAAGAGAAGUUGACUAAGAUAACACGAACUGGUCCUUCUGCUUGGGAAACCAAAAAGAUUCUGGCAGUUUCUUUUGCUCCUUUGAUCCAGCCCUGUCAUUCAGAGUCUGGAAAAUCAAGACUUGUCCAGUUACCGCCCCUGGCUGUGCGGAGCCUCCAGGAUCUGGCUCGAAUCGCCAUCCGGGGCACCAUUAAAAAGGUCAUCCGUCAGGAAACAGUGAGCAGCGGCGGAAAUGGACUGAAGAACACUCCCAGGGCCAAGCGAAGGAGAGUGCGCCGCCGUCGCAUGGAAACGAUCGUCUUUUUGGACAAAGAGGUAUUUGCCAGUCGGAUCUCCAGCCCAUCCGAUGACAACAGCUGUGAGGACUUGGAAGAGGAGCAGCGGGAGGAGGACAGAGCCCCGCCGCCGGACGCGAAGCCAGCCCGACCAGUGAACUUCCUUCGUGAGAAGGUCCUGAGCCUCCCUCUGCCAGAUCCCCUGAAAUACUACCUGCUCUAUUACAGAGAGAAGAUACUGUGUGCAUGCAUACCUGGGAAAACAUGUCUGUUGCCCUAGAUUUGAAAAUGUAAUCCUUUGUAAAGACAGUUACUUCAUAGUCAUUUUUAGCCUGCUUUUAACUGAAGGUCAAGCAUCCUUGUCUCAGAAGCGCAUGGUUUAUGUUUACUUGCGAUCACUUCGUAGUGUGCACAUCUUUGCUGACAUCAUUCUAAUUGAUAUGUAGCAAUCUCUGCAAUACGUGGACAUUUGGAGCAUAAUGUUAAACACAUGAUAUUUGUGAAGUCUGUUACACUAGGUGGCUUGACUAAGUUUUUUAAUUGUAUGUGGAUUUUAUUUUUUUUAAAACCACAUUUGCCUUUAUGCUAGCCUAUAAAAACUCCUCAUAAUGCAUAAGACAUGUUUUUCCCUAUAUAUGUCAAACCUUUCCUAACAUUUGUGUUUGUAUUUACAUGUUGUCGGUUUGUGAUGUUUAAACCAGAAUUUGGUUAAAAGUAUAUAUAGAUAUAAUAUAUGUGAAAUAGUUUGGUGUUUAUCUUAUACACGUCGAGAAGAAUUGUAAAUGGGUUUUCCUGGGCUGAAGUGCCCCUCACCAGAGUCCAGUAUGAUGCACUACUACUCUCUGUUUCCUGACAGAUGGAUUAUGUGUCGCCUGUAACCUCUAUAUUGUAAACCACAUUCUAGACAACUGUUGACAAAUUUUAUGUUUUGAGUAUGUAUUUCUGUAUGCGAUUUUUGUCUUGAAAGUAGUAAAGCCAUAGACAUGUGCAAAGGAAAUAUCAAAUGUAUAAAUAUCAAGUAUGUAAUGUAAAAAUCAACUGUGUAUGUAACAAUGGUUUUGCGAGUCUGGACCUUUCAGGGAAUUAAUGCCAGAAAUUUCAAACAAAAAUUUUAGUGAGUGGAUAUACAUUGGAUAAAUACAAAGGAUAUCAAUAAACAUAGUUAUGGCACUUGGGCCUUCUUGGCAUGGCUUGUGUUUCCUGUGUGGGAUUGAAAUUCUUGACUACAUAUUUUCCAAAAAUCUUUAAAAAUAAACUUUUUCUUUAUUACAA